AUUAAAUUAGACAACCAUUGGUGAUUUUUGUUUGUGUAUCAAUUAGGGUUAGAAUUAGAGUUUUUAUAGAAUUAUGGUUUAUUGUAAAUUAUGAUAAUGGAAAGAAAAAUCAAACUCAAAACACUGAAUAGUCAUAUAACAUGUAAAAUAUGUAGGGGUUAUCUUAUAGACGCAACAACUGUUACAGAAUGUUUGCAUACUUUUUGCAAGACAUGUUUAGUGAAACAUUUAGAAGAAAACAACACAUGUCCAACAUGUACUAUAGUAAUUCAUCAGUCCCAUCCACUUCAAUACAUAAGUUUCGAUAGGACUAUGCAAGAUAUUGUUUAUAAACUAGUACCAGAUUUACAAAAAGAUGAAAUAAAUCGUGAAAAAGAGUUUUAUCGUCAAAGAGGCCUGCCAUAUCCUAAAGAUAUACCUUUAACAAAUGGUGAAAUACAUGGUGAAGAUAACCAUGUUGAUAAUAGUCAUGCUGAAAGUGAUUAUCAUAGACAAGAUGAACAAGUAAAUGUAUGUUUAGAAUGUAUCAGUUCAAAUUUGAAAACGUUGAAAAGAAGAUUUAUCAGAUGUUCAGCUCAAGCAACUAUUUUACAUUUGAAAAAAUUUGUAGCAAAAAAGGUUUUAAAUGGGAUGGAGAAGUAUAGAGAUAUUGAUAUUUUGUGUAACGACGAAUUAUUGGGCAAAGAUCACACAUUAAAAUUUGUAUAUGUAACAAGAUGGCGUUUUCAAAAUCCACCCUUAACAUUGCAGUAUAGACCAAGAAUUGAUAUAUAGUUUUUUGUUACUUAAUAUGGGUAAUUACGAAGGAAAAUCAUGUCAAGUUUGUAACUGCCCAUUGUUAUUUAUUUUAGUUAUUUAAAAUAAGUUUUUUAUUGUCAGUGUAUUGUGUUUAAAAUACAAAUAUUCAAAGAAUUGGAGGCUUGAAAUAUAUAACUGUUGCGAACAUUUUUAUUAUUUUUGCUAUACAUAUAUGUAUUGUCACUUGCUUUUUAUUAAAGCAAAUUAUGCUGCAUCAUUCCAAUUUGGAAGAAAAAUAGCUCAUUACAUUGCCUUGCCUUGUGAUCAUAAUUUUAUUUAAGAUUAAUUUAUUUUUCAGAUGCUUUGUGAAAUUUAAUUAGAGUUAUUUUUGAUUUUCAAUAUAUUGAUCUGAGUUUUAAUACUUGUGAUAGUGAAGAUAAUUAAUACAAAUGUUCGAUUUUUGGACAACAACUGUUAAGGAAAAUUGACAAUUUAUUAUACUGGGAUUAUUCUCCAACAUUGUUAUGUAUUAUAAAAGAUUUUUGUACAUUGGUGUAUCUAGUUAUCAAUAAGUUUUUUAUUAAAGGCAUUUUUAAAUAAAAAGGUUCAAGCAAUUGCAAUGAAUCUAUUUCAAAAUAUUGUAUAACAAAUUAUAAUUAUUGCAUUGAAAAACAUAAAUAUGAGCAUUUGUCAUGGAAAAUUAUUUAAUAAUAAUAAUCCUUUAUUAUUGAAACAAAAAUUUACAAAAAAGAAAAUAUUCAUAAUUUGUUAGCAUAUAGUACCUGGGGCACAGGUAGUGCCAUAUGGGACUUAGAAGCGAAAUUAAAUAAGAAGUUGCAUUUUUAAACAAUAGUGUACAAUGUCCUCUUAUGACUAGCUUUUAAAAAGGUUUGCUGAAUCAGCUUCUGGAGUUCCACUUUAAACCUCUUCACACUAAGAGUUCUAGUCUCUCUUGGCAGCUGAUUAUAGUACCUUAGACCUUGAAAUGCAAUCGACCUUUGGCCCGUUGUAGUUCUUGCUAUUGGGGUUCGUAGAUGGUCUGCUGAUCUGACACUGUGAUGAUGAAUAUUCCUAACCACAUUAAAGGAGAUUGUGAGUGUACCUCUCUCCUUUGUUGUAGUUGUUAGUAACGUAUCAUCUGCAUACAAGUUUAUUCUUCCAUGUAGCGGUAGAAGUGCCUAGGAAUUUACAUAAACCAGGAACAGAGUUGGUCCUAUUAUCGAGCCCUGAGGUGUUCCAAACAUGCACAUCUUUGUUGGGCUAUUUUGAUUAUUGUAGCUUACGUACUGGUACCUGUGUUCAAAAUAACUCCGAAAUCAAUUCACACGUGUCCAGAAUAAAGAAUUAUGCUGCUCUUGGAUAGCUGGUGAGGUAAAACUAGGAGGUUUUAUGUUGGAGGCAAGUUUAGGGCCAACACUAACAAAGAAGUUGUUUGAACAAGUAGCAAUAUUAACAUCACCCAUGAUCAUAGUGUCAUUUUCCAGUAUGUGUGGUAUGCAAAGAUGUUAGGAAUUAGAACGGUUAAUAAUUUUAUUCAAAAACUUCCAUGUCUUCUUGAUAUUUCCUUUCACUGAUUCCAUAUUUUGAUUUUAGUAAUCAGUCUUUGCUUUUCUUAUGACUGCUUUAAGAUUUCUCCGUACUUCUUCAUACUGUAAGUUUAAAUGUUCUGCAUUGGAAGAUAAUUUAUGCCUUUUGUAAUGUUCAUCCCUUUGCUCAAUCAAUUUCAGUAGAUGAGAAUUAAACCAUGGUGCAGAGUUUUUUCAGAAGCGGUCCUUGAUUGAUUUUGUUACUGUAUUAUCUUGGAAUGCUUUUAUUAAGGUAUUAAUAAAGCAUCCACAUUUGUUUAUGGAGCUGCUGGACUCUUCAUGUUAGCCAAAUCUGGCUUUAGGCCCUCUUUAUUUAGUGUAAUUUAGUAAUGUAGACGCAGAAAAAAAUGCUUUUUAGCCAAAACUCCAAAUGUUUCAAUAUUUCACCAAUUUUUGAUAAAAAUUCUCUACAUGUUCUUCCAACUUCAGCUGCUUUAAUAGACAUUAUAAUAUUGUACCAAAUUUAUAGUAGUGUAGUGCAGUAAAUCAUUAUAACAUGCUGCAUACGAUAUUAAAUCCAUCGAGUUUUUGAACAAAACAUUUCAAUCUUUCUAACAUCAAUAUAUUUAUGAUAUUCUCAUAUUAAAUAUAAAACAGUAAUAUCUGAUUCAUUAUAUAAGGUGUCAUAUAUAACCAUUAACAUUGAAAAUGCCUUUAAGUAUUUGCGGCAUGUGCAAUAAGUAGUUUUUGUAUAAAAACCAGUAAUUUUAGUACUAACAGUUAUUUUAAACACAAUAUAAUUAAGGUAAACUAUACUUACAUAUAGUACAAAUUUUGAUAGUACUGUUGUCAAAUACUGGAACUUCUUUCAUUUUUAUAUUCAUUUGUUCACCCUCUAAAUAUAAAUACAAAGAUGUAAGUUUUGUAAAAAAAGGUAUUCUAUAAUUUUUGUCACCACGGCUAUGAUGUUCAUUUGUGUAUGUAUAAUGCCUUUUGUGAAUUUUUUUAAGUAUGAAAGAUCGAUGUGUAAGAAUUAACAUUCAUAUUAUAUAACAACGACUCGUAGAAUAAUAAUCACAGAAAGCACAACAAAUGUUCAUUUGUAUCAGAAAUAGCUUUAUAAAGAAGCUUUAAAACUUUACUAAUAGUAAUUUGCAAUUACCAGAAGAAACAUUCAUUAAUAUUUUUUUAUUGUAAUACUAUUUUAGUAUUAUUUUUUGUUAAUGUUGUGUGGGUCGAAAAUGCGGUUGUUUUUAUCUUCAAAUCAUGAAAUAUCCUAUACCAAUCUACUAUAAUACCUACAAAUAUAGAUACUCUCAACAAGUGGUGAUAAAUGUAUUUUGAUCCUCACACCUAGUUAAGAUUUAUUGAAAGUUUUAAAUUGUAGAUGAAAUCCUCAUAAUAUUAAUCGAUAUUCUCAGUUAACUAUAUUUGAAUUUCUGGAACUGAUUCAUACAUACACAAUUACACUGACAGGUCUUUAAUAAUCAAGUUAUCGCCUUCAUUGAUUAAAGGUAAAAUUGUAGUGUGUUCAGUAUCAUAUUCUUUGUAGUUUAUGGCCAUUUUCUUCCUUACAUCCACAUACAAUUCUAUCUAAUUUUAAUAAAUUUGUAAUGAAUAUUAUUCAUAAUGGACAUGUAUCUAAGACCUUUCUUAUUUGUUAACUACAUUCUUCUUAUGUUAAAAAAUAUUUUAGAUUCAGUAAUUUAAUUAUAUUUUGAACUUAUUUUAUUCUUUUCCUUCUGAGUAAUUUUCAAAAGGUUUGUAUAGCUUCAUUGAUUAAUUGCUAAGUGAUCAUGAUCAUUGUUGAAACAAAUAUUUUGCAGUAUCAGUGUUUGACAUCAAAUCGGAGAUAUAUGUCAAUGUCUGUGUUUGAUUUAUUUUUAAAACUCUGUCAGUUCAUUUCAAUUGUGUUUUGUGGAUUUUGACAAUGGAAAAAAAUAUAUCAAAAUAAAUAAUCUGAUUGAUAUAGUGUGUUCGACAUAAUAUAGAUUUGCCUCGCUAUGAAUUUAACCUGUUGAGUAAACAUGAAGUGAUUGAAAAUCAUUUGUUGAAGCUGAAAGAAAUAGCCGCUAAAAUUUAUAGGUGUUAAGAAUUAAUUCAUUAAUUUUAAAUAAUUGUUUUACUGAAAAAACUGCUUUAUAUUUAGGAGUAAAACACUAUCUUAUUUCUGUUCAUACUGUUAAUAUUUCUUAUUGUUGUUCAUGUUACAAUUUUUAACAUUAGAAAUUCAUCUACAUCAGGUGCCUUGAAAACAUAUUUACAUUAGAAAAGCUUUCCAAUAAAAUUUUAGAAAUCUGUCCUCCACGAUAUUUGGGAGUAUUCAUUAGAUUAAAAGAAAAUGCUGAAACAUCGAUUAUUCUUCUAAGGGGGAAGAUUUUCAAAUUUUGCAUUGUUAACCUUCUCCCUUUCACUUCCACAACCCCUCAUUUCUUAAUAAUAUACCAUUUGUGGCGCAUCAUUAGAAAGGCAUUUAAACGGAGUAUUCAGACAUAAUAAUCGUCCACGAUUUUUUUCCGAUAUUUUCAUCAUCUGUAAAAAAGUCUUGAUCAAAUCAAAAUGCAACACAUUUUUCAAAUAAAACGUAACAUCUAUGGUUUAUUAAUGUCAUUUUUUGCCACAUAAAAGAUAACUUGAAACAAAUAUUUCAAACAAUUACUAAUUGUAAAACACUUCAAUAUUUAGAAACAGAGCUAGCGAGAAAAUUUCGUCAGAUAGGGUUAAUAGCUGAUCAAAAUAAAACGAUGGGAAUAGUUUUACAAUUGAAGUGGCAAAAACGGUCGUUUUGAACAAAGAAUCUGGUUUUUCGCGCACUAUCGUUUGUAGAUGUUUCCAACAUAAUUUUGUCCUUAAAAGAUACAGGGUACAGGAAAUAAAUGACAAUGACCUAGACAGACGACAGUUUUGAGAUAUUAGGAUUGACAAAAUUAUGCAAACUUUGUAUUUCCAUGCUUGUUUUUUACAUAAAUGCUUUUUUUUAAUUGGCACCAUACAUUGAUACAUUUGGCUUUAUUGAACUGACGAAAAUCCUAGAGUGUUCUACUAAACACAUAUCGUACAUCCUCUUUUAAAUUAAUCUUGUGGACAGGCAUUUAUGGAGAUAGUAGUGUUGGCCAUUUUUUGCCAAAUGUACAUAAUCAAAUUAUUAAGAGACACUAAUGAUUCCGCCCUCACAGAUGUAUUCCUAAAUGACAAUAGGUACCUGGAAGAUGAUCUCUUGUUCCAACAAGACAACAUGCCUCCACAUUAUAGCACAGUGUGAGACAAAAUCAUAAUGAACAAAUUUCGUAGGCAAUAGUCUAGAAGGAAAGGUUUUAUUGAAUAGUCUGGCAUAACUUCUCAUUCAUUUAAUUUUCGUUACUUUACAUGUAAUCACUUAGUGUUUUUGCAAAAUUUGUUUUAAUAUAAUUUUGAUGUGACAGAAAAAGUAGCAUAUUAUCACUUUAUAUCAUUUUUUUUGUAACGACGGUGAAAAUAUCGCAAAAAAUCAUGAAAGAUCAUGUUUAUACUAUAUCUAAAUGAGGAGGUUGACAUAUGACCAAACGUUUUUACAAUAAAGUUAGUUCUAAUUCUUCUUGUAUUGAUCAACUCUCACGACAAUAUCAUAUUGGCAAUCAAAUAUUAUCCAGGCUGCAAGCCUCAAAUGAAAUUCAUUGUUUUUAAUAUUUAAUUUUACUUUAUAAUAUCAUUAUACAGAUGCUAGAUAAACGAGUUACAGUGGUAGAUUCACGAGAUAUUUUUGUAAGAAAGAAACCAUUAUUAGUAAAGUUCAUACUUUUUGUGAAUUCAAUUCUUUGUUCGAAAUAUUUAAAGUUCAUUGAUGAAGGUAAAGGCUGAUGUUGAAUCAAAAAUAAAAGGAAAAACAUAUAACCUAAACAAAAAUGACAUUUAGGAUAACUUUCUCAACUUGUUCUCCCUAUAAUUGAAAAAUCGGUUAAGUUUUUUCAGUAAAACAUGUACUUUUUAAAACUUAUUCGAUUUUAGUUGAAUUAUUUCGACUGGUGGCAGAUCCAAAUAUUAUGAAAUUUAUUUUGUAGUUGCCUAUAGCCGCAAUAUCCAGGAAUAUACUGUAUCUUAAGUCAGGGAAAUACAAAAAAAACAAUUUUACUGAAAUUAGAAUACGCCACUCUUUAUUGUAUAUUAUUUUUUACUUGUAUCUGCUAUUGCUCAUUAUCUUGAUAUUCUUUGGAAGGUUUUUUUGUUAAUGAUGUCUAAUGAGAACUUCGAGUUUUCGAAAGUUUCAUAUAUUGUUAACAAUCUUAGAAGGAAGACAUUUAAAUCGCAAUUAAAUGAUGGUCAUAGCGUUACUUCAUGUUUAUAUCGCUGAUAUCAUGGAGCAGGUGAUGUAGUGGUAAAACAUAAGACAUCACUACACAGAGACAAUGUCGUUUUUGCAGUAGACCGCUGGAAAAAAUCAAAAUGCUGCUGCUGUUGAGCUUCAAAUUAGGCUCGGUGUCAACUAAUACAAUAUGUUGUAGAAUGCCAGACACCCUAUUAGUGCCUCUGUCAACGCGAGGAAAUCGAGUAGCUCGCUUAAUAUGACUUUAAGAACAUUUUUACGGAUAAACGCCAAUGCGGAGCGGAUACACAGCUCAAUGUUUAAUACACAACGCAGAUUUCGCGUUUUCUUAAAUGCUUGAGGACAUACGAAUAAAAUCAAAUGUUUUUUGUAAAUUGGACAUAAUAAUUUUAUUAUUACCUAAUUACAGUAUAUUAUUAUUUUUCUUUGAUGUAAAUAAAAUUAGUAUAUUGUAAUUUUGAUACAGUCUAACCAAUAAAUUAUUUAUUAUUAAUAAUUAUAUAUCAAAUAUUAAUUUAGAGAAAAAUAGAAUUUAAGGUAAUAUUCCUAGAUUUUGCGGUUGUGUGUAUAUAACAUAAAAAUAGAAUUGGUAUUGUUAUUCUCAAUAAGCCCAACGGCUAUUUUUAUCUUUGUAAAAUACUAAAUUAUAGCUGAUUGAGAGCAAUUACGUCCUGUAUAAAAUGUAUAUAGACAAAAAAUCAAUCCAACUAUUUUUGUAUAUAUUAAAAAGUUAUGGAUUUCAAUGAAUUUUAACAGUACUUGGUGUAUUUUGGGAAAGUAGUUCCAAUCACCAAUUUACUAAAAGUGUAUAUAUUUAUAACUAAAUUAUUGUUUACCUACCCUAGUGUGUUUCAUAGUGUGAUAAUUAAUAGAAUUGUUUUUGACAAACGAUAAGCAAGUCAAAAUGCAUACUAAAACUAUAGAGAUUACUAGACCAAUCAGUACAGUUUAUGCGCAAAUAAUUUCAAAUAUAAAGAUUCUCCUCCAAUUUCUGUUACAAAGUAAAUGAAUUCAACACAACACUUAUAUUUACAAUAAGCAUAUAUCUUAAGCAUACUAUUUUAAUUCAUUAUAUAACACUUUUACUGCUAUUGUAAACUUUUUUAAAAAACGCAUACUAAAAUGUUCGUUGAUGAGUAUUAAUAAUUUUGUGAAAAUGAAUUUUUCUAGUUUUGUUGUGAGCUAACCCCUCAAAUUUAAUGUUAUCAAAAUCACACAUUAGCUUUUACAUUCUCUAUACUCACGGGGAGAUAGCUUUCAAAUCUUCAUAAUUGAAAAGCAGCCGAAAUGUGCUGAACGAGUUACUGACUAAAAAUUUCCAUCCAAGUCUAAAACUGUUAAUCAAAAAAACUGUAUUAAAAAACCAGCAUAUUCAGUUAAUAUGACCCUAGUGACUUUCUCUGUCUACAAAACUCAAAUUAUCACCCGUUUGAAAUCUAGAUAAUACAAAAUAUUUAUAACAAGUACUGUAAUCGACUCCUGAAAAUCCGUUUAUAAAAACCUUUCUUCAAAUAGAAGGAUUGGAAGAAUCUCAAUUCAGUGGCCAGCAAAUUACUGAUCUCAACUGAAAAAGCAUAAAGCUAACAUCGCCAAACUUCAACAAAGCAAUGGAGAUGAAAUGACCUCGGAUGUGUUAUAAAAUGCCAUGAGUAUUUUGUUUAUAGAUUAAGGUAUUACUAGCAGAUUCUGGAAUGCUAUAAGGCCCACAAUAAGCUGGCUUGCGAAUUUCUAGAGGGCAUUAGGACAAGGACAAUGAAGCUAUCCAAGCCUGGAGCCAAUCAAUUGCUGAUAGGGACCGAAUCUCUAUUGGGAAUUUGUCACUCGCAGACAAGCCAAAAUCAUCAAAGGUGAGAAAAAUCACUCAGACAGCUGAAAUACUGCAGUUAGAUAAGAUAGAUAAUAUAGGUUGUGAAAGUCGUGAAUCUAUAUCGCUAAUAUUUUGACCUAUUUAUUUAUUAUGUACCCCGGACCAGUUUGGUAGCAACGACUUUGCGAAGUGAGAUAUCUGCCUGGGGACUAUGCGGAUACCUUUUCUGGCUUUGAGAAGAUUUGUCUAUGGACAGCUUCACACUUACAGAAUAUGUGUUCAGCUGCUUUCUUUGGUUCCUUGUAUAAACGACAAGAGGUGUUAGGACUUUUUCGGAUAGCACUUCAUCGGACAGAGUCCACUAAACAUUCUAGUACCUUUCCUUAGAUCAUAUUUUCUUAAUGAAAGGGUUUUUUGGGACCAUUUGGUUGAAUAAGAGAGAAA